GAUCAUUACUCUCCAUAGCUCUUUUUUUUUCAUCUCGUUAUUUUCUUUACUGAAUUUAACAUUUAACGAGAAAUAAUGACCUUUGGAGUAAUAAAAGCAAUAUAUCGUGGAGCCAAACGAACACCAAUGAAUACAAAAAGAGGACAUAAUUAUUAUAAAGGUACUGGCUCUGGUUCUAUGGGAUGGCAUACGAAAAGAGGUGGAUAUAAAAUUGACCCCAAAAAAGUUCGUACGUACGUUGUACCAAAUUUAACCGAUUGUCCGUAUCUGCCUUACGUCGAGCCCAAAGCUAAGAGGGGAAUUAAAUAUACCAUUGACACAGAUAAAUAUUUGGAGUUGGCUAAUAAAUACGUAAAAAAAAUAAGUGAAAAUAAAUUAAUGAUUGCAAAUGAAGCAAAAAAUUAAUGUCUCGAAAAACUGUUUCUGAAAUUAAUAAAAAAAUUUUUGUUAAUAAACACGUGAGUUACAUUUUGUUAGUGUGAUUAUUCCCUAUCAAACAGCAUUUAACCUUAUUUAUGAAUGUUUUGUUCUUGUGAUCAUGCUUACAAGUUUAAAUUAUAAAGACUUAAAAG